AUGCUCGACCUCGACCAGCGCGUCCUCAGCGACUCGCCCUUGAACGCCGAACCCUCGCCCGCCGCCCUCGUCGCCCACUUCCUCACCCCGCCCGCCGCCACCUUCCACCGCAACCAUGGACCCUGGCUCGACCUCGCACCCGACUACGCCCUCGACGUCUCGUCCGACGUCCCCGGCCUCGACACCGACCCCGCCCACUCGAGCUUCACCUGCGCCCAACUCGCCCGCUUCCCGAAACACUCGCUCGUGACCGUCCUCGCGUGCGCCGGCAACCGCAGGCAGAAGAUGUCGCUCGAGAAGGAGACCGAGGGCCUCCAGUGGGGCAAGAGCGCCCUCUCCAACUCGCACUUUGCCGGUGCGCUCCUGCGCGACGUCCUCGCUCAAGCCGGCAUCAAGCUCGACGAUCUCGACAAGGACGGCAAGGCCGACAAGCUCCACGUCCACUUCGAGAGCCGUCAAACGUGCGAGGAGGACUCGUACUACGGCGCGUCUCUGCCUCUCCGCAUGGCCCUCGAUCCUGAGCGCCCUGUCCUCCUCGCGUACGAGAUGAACCGGGCGCCGCUCACCAAGGCGCACGGCGCGCCUCUGCGCAUCGUCGUCCCGGGCAUCAUCGGCGCAAGGAGCGUCAAGUGGCUCGAGCGCAUCAUCAUCCGCGACAAGGAGAGCGACUGUUUCUAUCAGCAGCGCGACUACAAAAUCCUGCCGCCCGACGCGACACCGGCAACCAAGGAGGAGCACCUCAAGCGCCUUCCCGCCCUGCACGAGUUCCCGCUCAACUGCGAGAUCUGCGACCCGGUCGAGGACGCCGUCGUCGAGCGCUCGUCGUCGUCCUCGCCCACGGUCCGCGUCAAGGGCUACAGCGUCGGCUCCAAAGGCGUCCCCAUCGCCUCGGUCCACGUCGCCCUCGUCCCGCUCCCCGUCCCGCACCACGACUCGCCCUACGCCGCCGCGACGCCCGAGCUCGCCGACUGCGAGGUCCACCAGGUUCGGCUGCAUGCGGCGACGCUCCCGAGCGAGGCGUGGGUCGAGGCCGAGCUCGAUGAUGGGCCGGACGCGAGCGCGGGCGAGGAAAAGGAGAAGAAGAAGCAGUGGGGCUGGACGCUCUUCUCGGCGGCGGUGCCGCUCGCCGCUCUUCCUGCCGAUGCGCGCGAGGCGGCCCUCGUCGCGUACGCGACCGACGCGAACGGCGAGCGGCAGGAGCUUCAAACGCACUGGAACUUGCGCGGCGUCGCCGAGGCGAGCUGGAGCGUCGUCAAGAUCAAGUUUGCGCACGAGGAGUAGCUGUUUUUCGUUCUUCUGGGUUUCUCGAGAUGUGCCGUAGCUCUGUAGCCUUUGUGAAUCUGUUGCUGCUGUCCCUCGUUCUCGCUC